CCUUCCUUCUUUAAGCAUCUUUAUGUUGUGUGAGUUUAGCACCCACAUUGACCAUACCCAGUUGCAAAUGUUUUGCAUUGCAACAGGAAAUAGGUUUUGAAACAUAACACAAUCAUAUCCAGUCCCUUAGACAGUGUUCUUUCAGUCAGCCACUCUGAAUGAAGUUUUAGAGAAGUUUAGAGAAGUUUUUAGAAGUUUUUAUCAGGAUUACUGUAAAGAGAAGAACGGAGAUGAAGGAGGAGAUUUAUGCAAAUGCAGAAGCUGAAGCAGACAAUAAAGCUGAUUCCAGUGACAGCGAGCAUUCAUAUGAAGAUGUUUAUGUGAAUGAGGACAAUUUGCAGACCCAGAGGGACAAGCAGUCAGAGAACUCAGGAGAAGAGACUACAAGGAGCAGGUGUUACAGACUGACUGCAGUGUGUUUGCUGCUGCUGCUGUGUGUUCUCCUGCUGACUGCCAUCACAGUGCUGUGGAUCGAAUUCAACAUCCUUAGUACAGAAAAAGACAUGUUGGAGACCAGUCACAACAACCUGACUAUAGAGAGAGACCAGUUACAGACCAGUUAUAAUACCCUGACUAUAGAGAGAGACCAGUUACAGACCAUGUACAACACCUUGACUAAAGAGAGAGACCAGUUACAGGCCAGGUACAACACCGUGACUGAAGAGAGAGACCAGUUACAGAGGGAUAAAGCAGAACUCCAGAGGUUUUCUAAACUGGGUCUGGAUCCAGGAUGGAUAUCUUUCAGCUCCAGUAUUUACUACAUCUCUAAUGAAGUGAAGACCUGGCAUGAAAGCAGACAGGACUGCGAAAAGAGAGAAGGAGACCUGGUGAUCAUAAACAACAAAGAGGAACAGGAGUUUAUCACAAAACAUCUGGGCAACAAACGGGCUUGGAUUGGUCUGAGUGACAAAGACACAGAGGGGGAGUGGAAAUGGGUGGAUGGUAAACCACUGACCACUGCGUACUGGUAUGAGACGGAACCGAAUAAUCAAGGUGAUGAGGACUGUGCUGAGAUUUCUGAUAAUCCAGGAAUGAAGAACUGGAAUGAUUUUUUAUGCUUCAAUGAAAGAAUAUGGAUCUGUGAGAAAAGUUAUUCUUAGGAAAGAAGUAUAGUAAAAUGUGAAACAGAAGAGUAAAAUGAUACAAUAUUCAUAAAUCAAGCUGAUAUUUUGUGGUUUAGUUCAGGUUUUAUUCUAAUGCUUAAAAGAUGCUUUAAAAGGAAUGCUUAAACAAAUGAUUAAAAAUGCUUUUAUUGUAUGUCAUGCCAAAAACCCCAA